ACUCCCGGGACGGUUCCUGCGCGGCGCCCGCCGGCCGCACCAUGGCUCCCCGGGCCGCCGUCGCGCUGCUGCUGGUCGGCCUGCUCGGCACGCUGGUGCCCGCUCGGGGCCAGGAUUUCGAUUUGUCGGAUGCCCUCGACAACACUGACAAGAAACCCACGGCGCCCCCCAAGAAGCCCGGCACAGACAGUUCGGACUUGAAUUUGGAAGACGCUCUCGGCGGGGGAGGAAGCCACGACCCAGUACCACCUAAACCACCCAAACCGAAGCCUAACCCAGACCCCAAGCAGCCUGGAUCUUCCGGUGGCUUCUCAGAUUCCGAUCUCCUCGAUGGAACCUCAGAUGCAGGGGGCGGUGGCGAUGGCCCCCGGCGGGUGGAGCCCGAGGCCUGAUGGGGAGGAGCAGGCUGACUCCCCUGGGGUGGUCCCUGGCAUCGUGGGGGCCGUCGUGGUGGCCGUGGGCUGGGGCAAUUUCUAGCUUUAUCGCCUACCAGAAGAAAAAAUUGUGCUUCAAAGAAAACGACCAGCCGAGGAUGUAGGCACGCGCAGAAUGCCCCGGGCAGCCCGAAGACGUUCCCGUGUGCCGACCAAGGUGGCGCGAGCUCGAAAAACCAGCAGAGCACCAACUCGGACCAACCCGUUCAGUGGACCCUUCUGGAGAAAUAGAAGCUAUGCAGCCUUCGAACGCGGCCCCCGUGUUUCCAGCAGGAUCCAGCCCCGACCUGCCCACGCCUGUGCUCAUGUUGAGACUCUCUGUCGUGUUCUGCUUGACAUGUGUUUUUGCCUGUUUGCACCAUGCUGGGUGGAGGAACGUCACUAACACCCCGUGUUCAUUCGGAGGGGACGCGUGGUCAGCUUCUCCGUGGCUGCUAGGGGUUUCCCCGGGGGCUGUGAAAGGCCGACCACGCAUCACAAAGUCAUUUGAAUCCCGACCCCACUGAAGUUCCCCCCACCCCCGCCCCCAUCCCGGGAGCUCUGGGCCAUUGACCCUGGGAGACAGCCAGACAAGCCUUCAAUUAGUGUCCUCAGAAUUUCCUUCAUUUGGAAGGAGUUUUGUUUUUUUGUUUUUUUUCAGAUCAGACUAAUAAAGAAAGAAAUAAGGAACCAAGUACUUCUUCCUUAAAUGCAAUGCCAUGGGGUGACUCCUAAAGGCUGUGGGACACAGUGCUAGGGCUGUGGUCCCUUUUCUGGGGCUGUGACACAAAUGACCGACCUAAGGGUAGCCUUUCAGUUUUGGGAUUUUCCUUCUCUGCCUGUUUCCUUCCACUGGUCUUGGUACAUCGGGGACAAGGCCUUCUCAGUGUUCAGAUACUCCCCUGCAGGGGAUACUUCUCUGCAUUCAGAUACUCCCCUGCAUUCAGAUACUCCCCAGCAUUAGAUGCUUCAUAUUCAGAUACUCCCCUGCAUUCAGAUACUCCCCAGCAUUAGAUACUUCAUAUUCAGAUACUCCCCUGCAUUAGAUACUUCAUACUCAGAUUACCCCCCUGCCUUCAGAUACUCCCUUGCAUUAGAUACUUCCGAUACUCCCCUGAAUUAGAUACUUCAUAGAUACUCCCCUGCAUUCAGAUACUCCCCUGCAUCAGAUAGUCCCCUCAUUCUUCCAUGUGGGUUUUUGUUGUUGUUGUUGGGAUUUGUUAACUAUAACGUCUUUACAAAAUGUUUUAACUGCUUUGAUGUGAAAGCUCCCUUUAACUUUGGGGUAAGACUGCCUUGUGGCAGGGCAUCUCCUGACAUGUUUCCUAACAGCUUGAAAUGAACGGAAAGCAUACUCUUCCUCCUCGAAAUAAACAAGGACUUUUGUACAUUGAGAAACACUGCCCCCCACCCCCACCCCGUGUAGGGCUCUGUACGCACUGGAAGGCUGCUGACUUGCAUGCUUGUAUAUACUCUUGGGAAGGCUUCAUCGAGAUUAAUCGCAUCCAGUGCAGAAGUUCUGAUGUUCUGUUUUUCCGUGGCUCAGGUAUGUGCGGAAGUGAACAUGGCCGUGUGGAGUCCGGAGGACCUAACACACACAUCUCAAGUGUUGGGGUUGACCAGUUGUCAGGGGGCUGAGGGCUGGGUUAUCCAACACGGCUGGGUCCCAGUGCUAACACACAACACCUAGGUUUACAAACGCAGCACACAGGUAUCCAUAUUCUUCCCGAACGAGCCUUCAGCAUCAGACUGGGCACAUAGACUCGCUUUACAGUAAGAAACAAGUGCAUAAAAUCGUUUUGUGACUCUGUGAAUAACAUUGAUGUUUUUACAAGCAUUGCAGUCCUACUAUAAGCAUAAAUGUCUCCUUACAGGAGAGUAGAGGGGAGCUGUGGGUGACUCGUUCAUAAAUAAAUGUAUACAUGUAAGA